AUGACAGAGUUUCUAACUCAUACUUAUUAAUCAUCAUCCAAUGUUAUCAAGCACCAUUUCUGCAAUGCUUAGGGCGGAACAACAUGGAGAUGGCAAUAAAUUGGGACCAAGUACGUCACAGCAAGCCAUCUCCUGGCAAUUCAUUACUUCACACCACCACCGUAGAUUUUCGUUGAAAACUUCUAUGGAGCGCUCGUUUGAAUUAGCGGCUUUUGUAUUUGUAUGCUCCUUGGAUGUUAUUGUUCAGAAGUUUCUUGUUGAAUUGAGAAGUUUGUUUUGAUUAACUUCUUAACGAUUAAUUUUUUAGGUUAUGUUUUUAAGUUUUGAAUUUUGUAUUUACGGUUUUGUCGGAUUACGGUGUUGCAAUAAAAUAAGUUCAGAAUAUUCAUAUGAGUUGUGAAGAUGUUUCCUGCAAGUACACAAGCAAAAUACUGGACAUUUAGUGACGAGUCAGAUUUGAAUCGUUUUAGGCAAGAAACGAAUAAAAGCUUCGUUUUGAAACAUGGUGCCAAUAUGACAGACGAGCAGCGGGAGGCGACCUUCCUGACCGCGGCCGAGGAGCGUCUCCUCCUGCGGCAGCACGAGCUGCAGCUGCGGGACUUCUGCAAGCAUUUCUCUCCCGCGAUGCCGCGCGCCGUCGUCGGCACCACGUUCCACUACUUCAAGCGGUUCUACAUCCACAACUCCGUCAUGGACUACCACCCCAAGGAAAUACUGGUCACGUGUGCCUACUUGGCUUGCAAGGUAGAGGAAUUCAAUGUUUCCAUAACACAGUUUGUAUCCAAUAUAAAAGGGGACAGAGAGAAGGCGACAGAUAUAAUUCUGAACAAUGAGCUGUUGUUGAUGCAGCAGUUGAAUUACCACCUCACUGUUCACAACCCGUUCCGGCCGAUGGAAGGACUUCUGAUCGAUAUUAAGACGCGGUCGGCGCUGCGCGACCCCGAGCGGCUGCGGCCGUGCGCCGAGGACCUGCUAGAGCGCUCGUUCCUCACGGACGCGUGCGUGCUGCACGCCCCCUCGCAGGUGGCCCUCGCCGCCGUGCUCCACUCGGCCAGCAAGGUGCAGGAGAACCUGGACGCGUACGUCACCGACACGCUGUUCGGCCGGCACGGCGCUGACAGGCUCGCCAGCCUCAUCGAGUGCGUCAGGAAAAUCAGGACCAUGAUGAAGAACGUGGAGAUGGUGACGCCUCCUCGGGACGCGAUGCGCCAGCUCGAGAAGAAGCUGGAGAAGUGCCGCAACCAGGAGAACAACCCGGCGAGCCAGGUCUACAAGCAGCGCAUGCAGGAGAUGCUGGACGAUGAGGACGAGCCAGACAGCAUGAACUACGCCCAGCUGCUCCGCGAGCAAGAGGCGACGGAGGCCAAAGUGACGGGGGUCACCCGCGUGCUGUCCCCGUCGGCCCUCUAGCCUCUGCGUGCCGUGGUCGCGUCAAGUUGCGAUCGCGUGACCAUCCCCCGCCGCUUCGGAAACAAUUUAUUUGCUCUGCAUGUUCUGCUUGUGUGGAGUAUGGGAAGCUCCAUCCAGCAAGGGAGUCGUGAACUUUUGUUGUCGUAACAUCUUGAAUACUUUAAAUAUUAUAUUUGGUCGGCAUGUUCUGCUUGUGUGGAGUAUAGGAAGCUCCAUCCAGCAAGGCGGUCGUGACUUCUGUUGUCAUGUAACAUCUUGAAAACUUUAAAUAUUUAUUUGCUCUGCAUGUUCUGCUUGUGUGGAGUAUGGGAAGCUCCAUCCAGCAAGGGAGUCGUGACUUCCGUUGUCGUAACAUCUGUCGUCGGGCUUUUUCAGGGAGUCCACGUUCUGGAAAGUCGAGGAAAAUCGGAGAAGAAAUUCUGCAAGUCCCAUUAACAUACUUUUUUUUUUUAUUGCGUUUAAACAUAAUACUAGAAAUUUUUUUCCACGAUUCACAGAAGUCCAAGAAAAAUUUGCAUGUUAAAGUAAAAUUCAUAAGAGAGGAAUAUACAUAGAACCGUAAUAUAGUUGUGUAAAAUGCAAGGAAAAAAAAAACUGACAGUGAAUUUUCUUAAAUGUUUCAAAGCGAUUUUGUUGAUUCAUAUAUUUAUCAUAAUACACCAGAAUAUUUGUUACAUAUAAAAAAGGAUGUGUUUGCUGUGUUUAAGAAAAUAAAUCCAAGUUACUUAAUCUUCUAAGCUA